UAAGCGCAUACGCACUGAUCAGUCUCUGGAACACAGUUAACAACUGAAAAGCAUCGCGAACCUUUUUACACAGUAAAACCUUCUUCUUCUCCUUUUCAGUUUGUUAUUAUCUAAUUGUUUUCAAUUAUAAUCAACAAUCAUGGGUAGCGAUAAGAAAGAUGCAAAAACGAAACGAAAAGAGAGGAAAAAGGAAUUGGAUGACCUCAAACAAGAGGUGGCCAUGGAUGAGCACAAAAUACCUUUGGAGGAAUUAUAUUCUCGGUUAAAGACUAAUAGUGAAACCGGAUUAACUCUUGCUCAGGCAAAAACAGUUUUAGCACGUGAUGGACCCAAUGCCCUAACUCCUCCACCUACUACACCUGAAUGGGUUAAGUUCUGCAAACAACUAUUCGGUGGCUUCGCUCUAUUACUUUGGAUCGGUGCCAUCUUAUGUUUUUUGGCUUACUCAAUUCAAGCUACUAGCUUUGAAGAUCCAUCUCCUGAUAAUCUUUAUCUUGGUGUUGUAUUAGCUGUUGUCGUCAUUGUGACUGGAUGUUUCUCAUAUUACCAAGAAGCCAAAAGUUCUGCUAUUAUGGAAUCUUUCAAAUCUAUGGUUCCUCAAUAUGCUACCGUUAUUCGUGAAGGAAAGAAAAACACUAUCCCUGCCGAAGAGGUUGUUGCUGGUGACCUGGUUGAGGUUAAAGGUGGUGAUCGAGUUCCAGCAGACAUGAGAGUUAUCAAAUCUCAUGGCUGUAAGGUCGAUAAUUCAUCACUAACUGGAGAAUCAGAACCUCAGACUCGAAGCCCAGAAUUAACUAAUGAAAAUCCUUUAGAAACUCGUAAUAUCGCCUUUUUCUCAACAAAUUGUGUGGAAGGAACUGCUCAGGGUAUCGUAGUUAACACUGGUGAUCGAACAGUAAUGGGUCGUAUUGCUAACUUAGCUUCUGGUUUGGAGAUGGGACAAACUCCUAUUGCCAAGGAAAUUGAACAUUUCAUUCACAUUAUUACUGGUGUUGCCGUUUUCCUUGGAGUUUCUUUCUUCGUUAUCGCUUUAUUGCUAGAUUAUAAUUGGCUUGAUGCUGUCAUUUUCUUAAUUGGUAUUAUUGUAGCAAAUGUGCCAGAAGGUUUGUUGGCUACUGUAACAGUAUGUUUGACACUCACUGCCAAACGUAUGGCUUCCAAGAACUGUUUAGUCAAAAAUCUUGAAGCCGUGGAAACUUUAGGUUCAACUUCAACAAUUUGCUCUGACAAAACUGGUACACUCACCCAAAAUCGUAUGACUGUUGCUCACAUGUGGUUUGAUAACCAUAUCAUAGAGGCCGAUACAACAGAAGAUCAAUCAGGUGUCCAAUACGACAAGAGCUCAGUAGGAUGGAAGGCAUUGGCUAGAGUAUGUAUGUUGUGCAGUCGAGCCGAGUUCAAACCAAAUCAAGAGAAUGCUCCAAUCCUCAAAAGGGAUACUACUGGUGACGCUUCAGAAUCUGCCAUUCUUAAAUGUAUGGAGCUUGCUCACGGAAAUGUUGCUGGUUACCGACAAAAGAAUCCUAAAAUUUGUGAAAUUCCAUUCAAUUCCACCAACAAAUACCAUGUUACCAUUCAUGAAACUGAUGAUCCAAAUGAUCCUAGUUACUUACUGCUUAUGAAGGGAGCUCCAGAACGUAUUCUUGAUCGCUGUUCAUCAAUUUUCAUUAAUGGACAAGAUCGACCCUUGGAUGAAGAAAUGAAAGAAGCUUUCAACUGUGCUUACCUUGAAUUAGGUGGUUUAGGUGAACGUGUAAUUGGUUUUUGUGAUCUCAAAUUACCUGCCGAUAAAUAUCCUCCUGGUUAUCCAUUUGAUGCUGAUGAAGGUAACUUUCCUCUUGAUGGACUUCGCUUCUUAGGCCUUGUUUCUAUGAUUGAUCCUCCUCGUGCUGCUGUACCCGAUGCUGUAGCAAAAUGCAGAUCAGCUGGUAUCAAAGUCAUCAUGGUAACAGGUGAUCAUCCUAUUACUGCUAAAGCUAUUGCCAAGGCUGUUGGUAUUAUCUCAGAAGGUAAUGAAACAGUUGAAGAUAUUGCUCAACGUCUGAAUAUUCCUGUUGAAGAGGUUAAUCCAAGAGAUGCUAAGGCUGCUGUUAUUCAUGGAGGUGAACUCAGAGAUAUGGAGGUUGAUGUAUUGGAUGAUAUCUUGAAAUACCACACAGAAAUAGUAUUUGCUCGAACCUCUCCACAACAGAAGCUGAUUAUUGUUGAAGGAUGUCAACGUCAAGGUGCUAUUGUGGCUGUAACCGGUGACGGAGUCAAUGAUUCUCCUGCACUUAAAAAAGCAGAUAUCGGAGUUGCAAUGGGAAUUGCUGGAUCAGAUGUAUCCAAGCAAGCUGCUGACAUGAUACUGUUGGAUGAUAAUUUUGCAUCCAUCGUAACUGGAGUUGAAGAAGGAAGAUUGAUUUUCGAUAAUUUGAAAAAAUCCAUUGCUUACACUCUAACUAGUAACAUACCUGAAAUUUCACCUUUCCUGUUCUUUAUCAUUUUCAAUGUUCCCUUACCACUUGGCACUGUCACCAUCCUUUGUAUUGAUCUUGGUACUGAUAUGGUUCCUGCCAUUUCACUAGCUUAUGAGCAAGCUGAAAGUGAUAUCAUGAAACGUCAACCACGAAAUCCCAAAAAAGAUAAAUUGGUGAACGAGCGUUUAAUUUCAAUGGCCUAUGGUCAAAUUGGUUUUAUCCAAGCUGCUGCCGGUUUCUUUACUUAUUUUGUUAUUAUGGCAGAAAAUGGUUUUCUUCCAUCUUUCCUUUUUGGCCUUCGAAAUGAUUGGGAUUCAAAGGCAAUUAAUGAUCUACAAGAUUCUUACGGACAAGAAUGGACUUAUAAAAAUCGUAAAGUAUUAGAGUUUACUUGCCAUACUGCAUUUUUCAUUGCCAUUGUCAUUGUCCAAUGGGCUGAUCUCAUCGUAUGUAAAACCAGAAGAAACUCAUUGGUCCAUCAAGGAAUGAAGAAUCACGCACUUAACUUUGGAUUGCUUUUCGAAACUCUCUUGGCUGCUUUCCUUUCUUACACUCCUGGAAUGUCGGUUGUACUUAAAUUGUAUCCAAUUAAGCUAUCAUGGUGGUUCCCAGCAAUGCCAUUUUCAUUACUAAUCUUCAUUUAUGAUGAAGCUCGUCGUUUUAUCAUUAGACGCAAUCCAGGCGGUUGGGUUGAAAUAGAGACUUAUUACUAAAAAAAUGAAUGCUGCUAGGAGUUUCUAAAUAUCCAUCAAAGCUCUUUUCUCAACUCUUCCUCUUUCUAGCCUCAUGACAUCUUUCACCUUCAAAAUCACGCUUUUCACUCCCACUUUUACAAAUCAAACCAAAGCCUGAUUACCUUCUCAUCUAAUUCUCAUGUUUCUUUCAAUUUUAAGUUACUUAAUUUGACUCGUCUUUUCAUCAAAAUAAGAAAUUAGUUUAAAAGUAUAAAUAUUUAAAUAUAAUUAAUCGAUCUAUCGAUUGAUUAAUUUUUAACUAUGAUACAGAUUGAUAAUCUGUUUUAAUUAAGCAAAGAUGAAAGAGAUUGUUAAGAAAGCAAAAACAACAGAAAGCCACCAAAGAUUUCUUCAAAUUUUAUUUAUUUAUUUAUUUAUUUUGUCUAUUUUUAGUUCAAAUUCAAAUCAUUUUGUUCCAUUGUUUUUAUUAUUGUUUUUAUUAAUGUUACAUUAUAUUAUAUCAUAUUGUUUCUUUUUCCUGUUUUUACCAUUACCAUAAUCAACCGACUCUUAAUCAACGAAUCCUCAUAACCAAAAAAUUCCUAGUUUACUCAUCUCUGUGCCGUGCAUAAUCAAUCUCUUUGAUCCAACUUUUAAUUUCGUAUCUGAUUAAAUUAACUUUUGGUGCAAGCCUAAAGCUUUAUGAUCAAGUCACUAAAAACAUUGAAACAUUUAUUAAAGGAUCAAUGAAACCAACAUUCCAUCACCAAAGCUCACACAUUCAGGAACCAGAGUAAAAGGAUAAAUCAAAGAUGGUACGAGAUUAAAGGAAAAAAUGGAGUGAUGCAAAGCAAAUUAAUUAGGUUAAACUAGAAUGGAUUAAAUGAUGAAAAUGCUGAGCACAAUGUAACAAGUCUUCAAGCUACAUUCUCAAUCAUCCAGUGGAAACAAAAGAGUCAAUCAAAUGCAACCAUUAACAUCACACUAAUCAUGGCAAAUAAUCAAGGCAAAGCAACAUUCUCAUUCAUUUUUAAUCGUAAUUCCUUAACCCAUUCCUGCUCUUUUCAAUUUCACUUCUAAAAAAAGAUUUAAGUAAAAAAAUCUGACAAAAAAACUAGGAUUUAUAAAUUUUUGUCCGCUCAUAGCUGAUUUAGAGAAGAAACAAACAAUUUCAUUAAUAAAAAAGAAGGAAAUACAACAAACGAUUCAAUCGAUUCAGUUUUAACACCAAAAACAGUGAAACAUUGACCAAACAUCAUUAAAGCUUGAAUAAACCAGAAAAGCAGCUAAACCAACCUUGACCCAAUGAACAUUUCUUAAUGCGAUUCCUUUGGAUUGAACCACCAGUUAAACAAGGAAAGCUUGAUCAUUAAACUGUUUGAUUAAACCAGGAUUAGCCGAUUGAAAGUGACAAAAUUAAAGUUGAACCCUUCAACCAAACAAUUGACAAAA